GUUGUGAAGACUUGAAGAACUGAUCAAGAUUCAAAGUUCCAACACAACAUUUGAAGUUUAUCCUGGUGAUCCACAUUUGUCCAAGAUGUUUAAUGAUAGAUCAAAUAGAAAUGAACGCAACAAUGUUGAUCAUAAAUAUUUAAACAUGAGGCCACCCUAUGAAGAAACCUUAAUCAGACAUACUGAUGGCUUGAAGUUGCUUGGAAAAGAUUGUGUAGAAAAGGGUAGAAUUAGUAGUAAUAUUGAUGCUAAUGGAUUGGAGGGAAACAAGCCUUCCACCACCCGGAGACAAUUGGUCCUACAGUAUGAGAACAAUGCUGCAUGGCAGAAGGAAGGAAACAAGGAAAGUGUCUUCACCAACAGAAAUCCUAUAGCUCAAGUGGCAUCCUGUUACCCUGUUUUUGAUAGAUCUCUAAAAGACCUAGGACUUACUUCAGCCAACUUGGAUGCAUUGAAUAUGUUUCAUGGUAAUGCUAGAAAUGUUUCACCAACCCAACUUCAGCCAACAGGUGAGGUCAGAAGGCCAUAUCUUAUGUCAAAUCCAACAAAUACUGAAACAAAAGGUGGAUCCCCUGCGAUACACAGAGGCAACAUUUACACAUGGAAGAGUGACACGGCCCCAGCAAACCUUUACAACAGUCCUACCUCCAUGACAACACCAGGAAAGAUUGGAAACCUCCCCUAUCGAAAUGAGGAACAUUAUACAAGCACCCCACUGAAGCCUAACAUUCCUUCUUUAUCUGCUAGGAAUAACUUUCCCACUAACAAAAUCUACAAUGGAAUCUGUCCCAAACAAGCAAGAAGCCCUUUGGUGCUAGACAUGACCCCGGCCCAGGCCAAGUCCUGCAGCUAUGACUCGUGCAGUACACCCAGCUCUCCUGACACAGAGACCACCAUCCACAACCUGUACAACCACAGUGCUGACAACACCCCAGACUCCAAGAACUGCACCUGCAACAGAUCUCCCAAGAUCAUCCUCUGCAAGGCCUGUGGGGAGACGCUGAUCGGCAGAGUGCGCCAGAUGUGUGCCCUCCACCCCAAGCAGAUCUUCCUCAUGGACAUUUUAUGCUGCUGUGAGUGCAAGUCACAGAAUCUGAAAGAAAUUUGUGAUGCUUUACAUAAAUAGUUCUCCAGUUGUUCAGUUGUUUUCAUUUGAGUUGCUUGUGUUCCAGUCCAACAUUUUAUUUAACUGUGAACACAGUUUAGUUGCUGUCAGCAAGGGUAAGUGAUUGAAGUCUUUGUUGACAAGUUUAUUUGACCUUGCCUUUAGUCUCAGCUAAAAAUAUAAGUGUGGCUAUAAUGUUGUGGACCAGUUUAUUUAUUAAUCUAAAAGGAAUUCAUUUUGUUGCUUUUAAAACAAACAUGCUUACUGAAAUUUGUGAUAGCAUUUUUAAUGUGAUGGCAUUGUAAAUGGGUGUCUAAGAAAUAUUCAUACAGGGAGUUAACUCUUUAGUGUGUUAACUUUGUUCUGAAUAAUGAUAAAAAAUUUGAAGCAUGUAAAGAAUUAAUGUUAAUUGAAAGAAGUCUUCUGCAUAGCUUAAACACAUUUUUAAAAAUAAGAUCUGUUGAACUAAAAUUAUAUUGACCACUAAUUGAAACAACUUUUGUCUAUUUAGAAAAUAUUCAUGUGAUCACUUUUUUUUUUUUAAAUUUGUAAUAAAUUAUUUAUUCAGGGCUCCCAUUUAUCUUAUUAGAUUCCUUAAAAUAAAAAACUUUAUGGCAAUUUUUUAUUGUUUGUGAAAUAGUUUUAAUUCCUAAUGAAACUAAAGUAAACUAAUAUUGUGCUUAUUAAAUAAAGCUGAGGCUUAAAGGCAAAUAUAAAUUUAAAAACAGUUGUUUUACUUUCUCUUAACCUGCUAUAAAAAAAUUAUUUUUUAUAUUAACAAGUUGUGGUUUUUCUAGUCAAGUAUAUUUUGUGGAAAGGUCCUUAU